UUACACAACCAACACAAGUCUCACAUUAGUUCUUCACCAUUUAUCCACUUCCAUUGUUCUACAAUUUCUUUGCACUCUUUUGCUUGUUCUUCCUUUAGACCACCAUGGGUUUUCGUUUGCCCGGAAAGAAAAAUCAUCGACACUCGACCUCAAACCAGGCUGCCUCAAGAGCCGUCAAUGUUCCCAAGGGCUACUUUGCAGUCUAUGUUGGGGAAAGCCAAAGAAAGCGGUUUGUGAUUCCGAUAUCAUACUUGAACGACCCUUCAUUCCAAGAUUUGCUGAGUCAGGCUGAAGAAGAAUUUGGAUAUGAUCAUCCAAUGGGUGGAAUCACAAUCCCUUGCAGUGAAGACAGAUUCCUUCACCUCAUUACUAACUCCAGUGGAUGCUAACAUAGAGUUUUGACAUCAAGGACAGCUGAAAGAUAACUUCUUGACAUCGAUUUUUGCCAAAGCGGAGGAGAACUGGAGGCUAACAAUAUGGAUUUAAGUACAGCUAGGGUAACAGAUAUUCAGAAGGAUGCUUACCCAUGUAUCCGAAAUUCGGAUUUUUCUAAUCCAUAUUUUUUGUCCGGGGACCUCUCUAAUCUUUAAGUGACAAGAUUAUGAGCCAAUUAUGAAUGUAUGAGACAACUACUGUUGUAAACUUCAUCUUAAUCAGAUUUAUUGAAUUUUUCUUCCUUUA